AUGCCUGCCGGUAUUCCGCGCCUAGGCCGCACUUUCCUUGCUUGUUUUUCACGGCAAACAGCCCCUGAAUACAUUCCUGAAAGCGCUACGUUCGGUGAUGGCUGUCCCGGCAUCAUAGCCUACGUCCCCGUGUGGCUGGCAUUGCUUGUCUUUGUCGGCCGCUAUUCAUUGCAGCCGCUCUGGAAGCGCCGGCCGAUUUACCUUCGCGGCUUUGCGACCGAAGAGGACGAACUCGGCCUAAAGCACGGUCGGCUGCCUCCAUCGACGGGGACGAACGCCCGGCAAGACCGCCAUAGUGGCGUGCAGGCCGGUGAUACCGACACCGAUGUAGAAGCCACGGCCAGCGGCUCGGCCGUGGAAAUCGCUGUGGACGAGCCUGCUGAAGGGGCCGUCGAGUCCGACAGCGACAAUGCCACCGACAGCAGUGCGAGCAGCACCAUCGUCGGCUUUGGCCGGCGGAACAGCGUCGUCGAUUCCCGGCCCGUGAGCAUUGGCGGCGGUUUGGCGACACUGGUCGUCCGGUCCUGGCACCUGAUGGCCAUCACGCUCUUUUUGCUGUCUGUGGCGGGUGUGGCUACGAGCCUGAUUCUGACCUUUGCAGCCGGCCAUGGCCGUUUGUACCUGACACCUGUUGUCCCCUGUGUGAGUACCGUGCCCCCAUCGUUCAUCUCCGCGAUCUUGUUGGCAAUUGACCGGCCUCGGUCGCUGCCAAGCAGCGUCCUCUUCAUCUAUACGAGCACACUCUUCGUUCAAAUUGCAUUGUUGUUCGGCGUUCCCGGACUGUCCGAGUGGCCACUUAACCUGACCUGGCUUGCGGAGAUGAGCGUGACGAGUCUGUCCAUUGGCAUCAUGAUGGCGAUGCCCAUGCGUGACCCUCGCCUCGGCCUGGGCCGCGGGGACGACCGAAUUGCCGGCAUCUUCGAGACGCCGUCCAUCAAGAGCCGCAGUCCCGAGGACAAUCUCAAUAUGUACCAGUGGAUGACGGUCAAUUGGAUGGCCCCUGUUAUCAGCUUAGGCGCCACCCGCCAACUCCAGGACGAGGAUGUUUGGCACCUGCCGUUUGAAUUCCAGCACGCCCGUCUUUACCGACUCUUCCAUGACGUCAAGGGCUCCGUCACCGCCCGCAUCAUCAAGGUCAACACACCCGACCUCAUCAUUACGUCGCUCCUCGGUAUUCUCGACUCGAUGCUGUCGAUGCUUCCCAUCAUUCUUUUGAAGCUGCUGCUCGCGUCCAUGGAGGGUCCACAAGCCAGUGUGCGUGUGGCCUCCGUCUACGCCGUGUUCAUUUGUAUCACAAACAUUGCCCGGGCCCAGGCCGGUGUCUUCUCGUUGUGGUUCACUCGCCGCUGCUAUGAACGCUCUCGUGGCGAGCUCAUCACCAUGAUCUACGAGAAAACACUGCGCCGGAAGGCCUUUACCUUCCCUGGUCUAACAGAAGCAGACAAGGGCAAGAAGGGCGGAAAGGGCAGACGCAGACGGGAUUCGGCUGUCGUCCGUCCGAGAAUCCUGACUGCCCACGGUGGUGGCGGUGGCGGCGGAGGAGGUGGAGGCCGUAGUGGCGGUGCCCGUGGACCAGGAGGUGGCGGUGGUAUGACCGAGAUCGCCAACAGUGUCGCCAGCGGCUCCGCCCCCGCAUCGACUGGCAAGAUCCUCAACCUCAUGCGCAAUGACGUCUAUGAGGUGGCCCAGCGCUUCUGGGAGUUCCCCACGCUGUUCACGAAGCCCCUCAACUUUGUCCUCUCCAUCUUCCUGCUAUGGAAUGUGCUCGGCGCCGCCUCUCUUCUGGGCAUCCUGGUCAUUGUCGCCGCCCAAAUCAUAAACGUCUACGUUGUGAAGGUCCUCGUCCAUUGGGAGCUCGCCCGUCGUGCCGUGACCGACACCAAGCUCCAGGUCACGUCGCAGUUCAUCGAAUCGAUCCGUCAUUUGCGGUGGUACGACUGGCAGGACAAGUGGCUGGCCAACAUCCUGACAGCGCGGCAGAAGGAGCUCAACUAUCGGGUUAUUACCAACCUCAUCCAGAAGGCCAUAUCCAUCAUCAACCAGCUGGCUGCCUCUUUCUUCCCCGUGGCUGCCUUCUACGCCUACACUGUCAUUGAGAAGCGUCCUCUCACCAUUGACAUCGCCUUCCCUGCGCUAAACCUCUUCAACUUGCUCGAGCAGAGCCUUCGCGAGCUGCCCGAUCUCAUUACUGUCAUGCUCAACGCCAAUGUUGCUAUUCGCCGCAUCGAGGCUUUUAUGGCCGAGCCCGACAAGGAAGGAAUUGACGACGAGCCAGGGCGCGACGUGCUGACGCAGGCGCCCGAAGGUGCUCUUGUCGAUGGCAUCAUUCGCCCGCCUGGCCCUCUCUACAUUGGUAUGGAGGAUGCGGCUUUCGCUUGGCCCACGGCAGAAACAGCGAUUCUUACCAAAGUGAGCUUUGUCGCCGACGGACCGGGCCUGACUGUGAUCUGCGGAAAGGUCGGUACUGGCAAGACGGCCUUGCUCAUGACCCUACUUGGUGAGAUGGACCAACAUGCCGGCACGCGCUCCGUUCCCAAGGAGACCAUUGGCUACAGUGCGCAGACGCCGUGGCUCCAGAGCAUGACCGUUCGUGAGAACAUUCUCUUCUGUCAUCCUUACGACGAGACGCGGUACAACCGGGUUAUAGAAGCGUGCUGUCUGCUUCCCGAUUUUGCCGAGUUUGAGGCCGGUGACAUGUCCAAUGUUGGAGAGAACGGCAUUGGCUUGUCUGGUGGACAAAAGGCUCGCGUAGCUCUGGCCCGCGCCAUCUACAGCCGCGCCCGCAUCCUGCUCCUUGACGAUCCCAUUGCCGCUCUGGACCACAACACCGCCGAAUCCAUCAUGAAACGGCUGUUUGCGACAUCCGGUCUCAUGAAGAACCGCCUCGUCAUCUUUGUUACCCACCGCAUGGACCUUGCUGCCGACUAUGCCGACCAGAUCUACGAAGUCAGUGACGAGCACGGGAUUGUCUCCAAAAUUGACGCCGACCACGUCCGCCGGACGCUCAACGCAUCUGCUGCUACCUCGACACUCGUCACCGUUGCCGACGAGAGCGAGGCGGGCUUGUCCGCAGACAACGAUUCUGCAUCGUCGUCGUCCGAGAGCGAGGCAGAAAAUGCAAAGCCCCAUGAAGACAAGGUUGCCAAGAACAAGUUCAUUGAAGAGGAGCACCGUGUCCAUGGCGGUGUCAUGCUGUCCGUGUACUGGCGCUAUAUCAAGGCGGGUGGUGCCCACUGGUGGGCGCUUGUCAUUGUCUGCUUCGUCGGCUUCCGCAUCUCCAAGAUUGCGUACUUCUACUUCCUCAAGAUCUGGGGUGAAGCCUAUGGAAGCGACGCCGUGACAACAGUCUUGAAGAGAUCACUAUCGUCCAUCCUUUCACCAUCCAUGCAAGUUGUUGUUGGUGGUGCGCAAGGCGAUGAUGACAUGCUCUCUGUCGCUGUCCACCAUGGUACUAUGAACAGCACCGGGUGGACCGAUAAGAAUUUUGGUCUGCCCAACCCCGAAAGUGACGUUUUGCCAUGGCUUUUCUGGUUCACCGUCUUGGCCCUGUCCUCUCUCGUAUUCCGUACUCUUGGCGACCUGAUCUUGAUUGCCAUCACAUAUACGGCCGGCAAGCAGGUGUUCCAGCAAGUCAUGGUGCGGGUCAGCACGGCGCCAUUCCGUUUCUUCGAUGUGACUCCCGUGGGCCGGCUCAUGAACCGCGUCACAUCCGACAUUGGCACAAUUGACGGAGCCAUUGCCCAGCAGAUCCACCGCUGUGCGUGGUUCGCACUGAACUGGGUCUCCUCCAUCUUGGUCAUUGCGUCUGCCACGCCGACCUUCUUGGUCAUGGCCGUCUUCAUGACGUCGGCCUUUGUCCUGAUCUUCUUUCACUUUUUGCCCGCGUCUCAAUCGUUGCGCCGUCUCGAGAUGGUCUCGCUGUCGCCUCUCAUGUCCAAUUUCGGCACACUCCUGGAAGGCUUGACAACCGUCCGUGCGUUCCGCGUCCAGCCGCAUUUCCAAGAGCGCAUCAUCGCCACCACCGAUGCGUUUCAGCGCAUGGACCAUUUUUACUGGUCCUUGCAGGCGUGGCUGCAGUGGCGCUUUAAUGCGCUGACCGCGCUCUCGACGUUUGCCCUGACCAUGACGGCUCUGGGAACCGGUCUGUCCAGCGGUCUCGUUGCCUUCGUCUUGACCUCUGCUGCGUACUUUGUCAACUCCACGCAGGUCCUGUGCCGCCGGUACGGCGAGCUGCAGAUGCAGUUCGUCUCCGUGGAGCGUGUCACAGAACUACUAGACCUGGACCAGGAGCCGGUCGGCGACGUGGAUCCGCCCGCGGCCUGGCCGACGACGAAUGACGAUAUUGUGUUUGACAAUGCGUCCUUCCGCUACGCGCCGCACCUCGAGCCCAGCCUACGCGAGAUCAACAUGCGCAUCCCCGCCGGCUCCACGGUGGCCGUCACGGGCCGUACUGGGUCAGGAAAGAGCACGCUGGCGCUGGCGCUGCUGGGCACCAUUCUGCCGGACAACAACGAAACAUCCCAGGGCAGCAUCUACAUUGGCUCGAUGAACGUCGCCACUGUCAACAAGCACAAACUGCGCCAGCGCAUCAGCUUCGUCGCACAGGACCCUGUGCUCUUCCCCGGCUCCCUGCGCGAGAACCUGGACCCAGUCGGCGAGCACACCGACGAGGAGUGUGAGCUUGUCCUCCGCCGUGUCCUGGCUGAUGCCGCCAGUGACUUCACUCUGAGCAGCCGUGUUGACGGUGGCGGAAAGAACAUGAGCCAGGGCCAGCGCCAGCUGAUUGGCCUCGGUCGGGCUGUUUUGCGCCGCAGCCCCAUUGUCAUUCUGGACGAGGCCACGGCUUCUAUUGAUAAGAAGACGGCGUUCCAGAUCCAGGAGGUCCUUCGCGAAGAGCUGCAGCACAGCACGGUCAUUACCAUUGCCCACCGUGUUGAGGCCGUCCGUGACGCCGACUUCUCUGUCGUGCUCGAAAACGGCCGUGUCAUCCAUGCCGCUCCAGUGGAACCAGGGUCUACCCCCAUUGGCAGUGACCACGGUCCGUAA